AUGAGCCGCCCAGCUUCUCUGUUUUUCGAGUUAUCGAUUCCUCCGUUGGAACUUUCACGUGGGCCAAUUGGUGUUCGGUUCGUUACCAACUCUUCAUCGUUUGGCGAUCCUCUUGCUCGACGCAAACACCGACGUGGAUUCAAAUUGUCCUACGCUCUUUCGAAGUGUGGCGGCGAGAUCAAUAUGAAGGAAGAGAGUGGGCUGAUGUCUGCAGCAAUCACGUCUCCAGGUUUCCCGUUACCGUAUCACCAUAAUCUGGAUUGUGUUUGGAAUAUCUCUGCUCCUGAAGGACGAGUACUUAGCAUUAAGUUAGUGAGGCGUCUACGAUUCCUACAAGUUUUUCCAUUCUACACAUAUGAAUAG